UACCGCUGAUAGGGAAGAAGCAACAGUUGUUUGUCGACUUUUCGCCCGUGAUAACGCCUAAGUACCCCAAGUUUUAGUGCUUUAUACCACCCAUCUUCAUCUAUACUACGUAAUCCGAGAUGGCCAGCAACUACGAGGGCUACAAGUCGCCUCUGAGCACCCGGUAUGCCAGCAAGGAGAUGCAGUUCCUCUUCAGCGACCAGAACAAGUUCUCCACCUGGCGCCGGCUGUGGGUGUGGCUGGCGAGGGCGGAGAGCAGGCUGGGACUGGAGAUCAGCGAAGCCCAGAUCGCCGAGAUGGAGCAGCAGAUUACCAACAUCGAUUUCGAGGCGGCUGCGGCCGAGGAGCGUCUCACCCGCCACGACGUGAUGGCCCACGUCCACGUCUUUGCCAAGCAAUGCCCAUCCGCUGCUCCGGUGAUCCAUUUGGGCGCCACCUCGUGCUACGUGGGUGACAACACGGAUCUGAUUGUGCUUCGCGACGCCCUUACGUUGCUUCUGCCGCGUGUGGCCAGCGUGAUUGCCCGACUUAGCCAGUUUGCCCAGAGCUACAAGGAUCAGCCCACGCUGGGAUUCACCCACCUGCAGCCCGCCCAGCUAACCACUGUGGGCAAGCGGGCCUGUCUGUGGAUCCAGGAUCUGAUCAUGGACGAAAGAGCACUGUCCCGCUGCCUAGAGGAUCUGCGCUUCCGGGGAGUCAAGGGAACCACUGGCACUCAGGCCUCGUUCCUGCAGCUCUUCAAUGGUGAUGGCGAGAAGGUGAAGCAGCUGGAUCAGCUGGUCACCGAGCUGGCUGGCUUCAAGAAGGCCUAUGCGGUUACUGGUCAAACAUACUCCCGAAAGGUGGAUGUGGAGGUCGUGGGCGCUCUUGCCAGCCUGGGCACCACCAUCCACAAGAUGUGCUCCGAUCUGCGCAUUCUCGCCUCCCGCAAGGAACUGGAAGAGCCCUUCGAGAGCACCCAGAUUGGCUCGUCAGCCAUGCCGUACAAGAGGAACCCCAUGCGCUCGGAGCGCUGCUGUGCCCUGGCCCGUCACCUCAUCACCCUGUUCAGCAGUGCCGCCAAUACCCAUGCCACACAGUGGCUCGAGCGCACUCUGGAUGACUCGGCCAACAGGCGACUGACCCUUUCCGAAGCCUUCUUGGCAGCCGAUGCCGCGCUGCUUACUCUGCUGAACAUCUCGCAGGGAUUGGUGGUCUACCCGAAGGUGAUUGAGCGGCACAUAAGCCAAGAGCUGCCCUUCAUGUCCACGGAGAACAUUAUCAUGGCCAUGGUGAAGGCAGGCGGAGAUCGUCAGGUGUGCCACGAGAAGAUCCGCGUGCUGUCCCAGGAGGCCGGCGCCCAGGUGAAGCAGCAUGGCAAGGACAACGACCUGGUGGAUCGCGUGCGUAAGGACCCGUACUUUGCGCCCAUCCUCGAGCAACUGGACACCAUUCUGGAUGCCAAGACCUUCACUGGCCGGGCCAGCGAUCAGGUGGGCGAGUUCGUCAAGGAGGAGGUGGAGCCCGUGCUGGCACGCUACUCAGACGCCCUGAAGAACGUUCAAGACGUCAAGCUAAACAUCUAGACGUCCAUUAUGUUGCCCAGUUUUAAUCCCAGAACUUGAAUUUGUAAAAUACACACUAACAUUCACACCUAAUCAACUGCGUCAGCCACUGGAUGCAGGCAGCAUUAUCGCAAUAGACUCAAUGGGUCGAUGGCAGUCAGACCCCCGGCGUGA